AUGCAGCAGCAACAACCUCAGCCGCCGUCGCAACCCAACGGCCUGCAUGGGCAAUCCCCGCCGCCGUCAUUAGGACAGCAGCACACGACUGCUGCUGCUGCUGCCACUCCGCUGGCCACUCCGCUGCCAUCGACAACGACAUCCUCCGCCGUCUCCGUCGUGAGGCCCGCCCUCCCAGACAGGGACGUGACGGCCGAGACUAUCGAGGACGCCUAUGUUGGCUUCGUCCUGUACUGCAAUCCCGCGGUGCCUCCGGAGACGGACGCGGCUGCGUUGCGGGAGGCGUUCCGGGUCCCGCCCAAGAGCGGCGGUAAGAGCUUUAGUACUUUUACUCUGUUUCGGCUCAUCAAGCAGCUUGAGACCAAAGAGAUCAAGACAUGGGCAGAGUUGGCGCUCAAGCUGGGCGUCGAGCCGCCGGAUCACGACAAGGGACAGAGUUCGCAGAAGAUUCAGCAGUAUGCAGUCCGGCUCAAGCGCUGGAUGCAUUCCAUGCACGUGGAUGCCUUUUUUGAAUAUUUGAUGGACCACCCUCAUCCGUACUGGGCUGAGAUCCCAAACGACCCGACUCCUGUGUGCGAAGCGGGACGAGAUGGCGUCCUGGCAGAGGACGACAUGGCCCUCCGAGCUCUGCUGCCGCAGAUUCGGCCCAGGCGCGGGAGGAAACGCCCGGACGAAGACGAUUUCGGCAAGCCCCCUUCGCAACGGGCGAGGUUGGACUCACCAUCGGCUGGGAGCGGGUACGCCUCGAGCCGGGCAGAAACUUCAGGGCCGUGGUCCGCCCACCCCGACGGGCGGGCCUCGUUCGGCUACUCCGAUCCCUCGAAGUUGAGCGUCAACUCGGCACUGGCAUCGGCAUGGCCGCCGGCUCAUGACACCGCGCAGACGCCACUGACGGCCUACCCUGCAGGGCCAAUGUCUGCGCUGACACCGUCUACGCGCAAUGGGGGAUUCUGGGGCGAUACUGAACCCAAGUCGGCAACCACGCCGUCACGGUCAAAGGCCUCUCAUCGGCGACACGGCGCCAAGGUUGUGUCUUCUGCAUGGAGGAGCGGCGGUUCGGGGUCCAGUGGGAAGACUCGCGGCAGGCCACCAAUGAACAAGACGAACGUCGACGGCCCAUUUGUAGCAUUUCCGGCAGACGGACCAACGCUCAAGGGGCCAAGUCCAGAGACCAAGAUCAUACCGGGACCGAUCACACCCCCGACGUCAAUAUCUAGCAGCGUGCCGCCGGCCGUGCCUCCUGGCACCGCCCAUCCGUCUCAGGUGCCACGGCCGGCUAAGCCCAAUAUCUCGCUUCAGGUGCCGGAACGACUAGGCGGCUCCGUCCGUCUUGCGACACCACCUCCGCCGGUCGUCGUGAUCAAUGGGGACCCCGCUCGCCACCUACCCGACCCAACGGAUUUGAGCUCAACAGCACCGCCGGUAGAAUUGCUAACCAACAACAACAUGCCACCAGGCGCAAUGCCAUGCGUGGACCUACACGCGCAGACUGUCCUGGCCCCACCGCCCACGGCGCAAGGCAGCAGCGGCUCCAUCCCGACGAAAGACGCGGCCGUGGGCAUGUUCGAAAACAUGAAAGACCGCACCAACAUCGACGCGGUCCUGGGCUACUUUGCUCACGAGACGGCAAACGGCGACUGGUUUGACGCGCAGGACAACCCGAUCGACAAAUGCAGCAUCGCCGAGGCGUACGCGCUCGUGCACACGACGGUGGAGCGUAUGUGGCAGACGGCACCGAACCAGGACGCAUUCCUCAUCAACCUCGCGGCGCUAGCGGGUGGGAGGGCGCUGAUGACAACGAGCAAGUUGCGGGUCAAACGGGAAGCGGAGUUUGAGGACCGCGCGACGUACAGCUGCAGCUGGCAGUUCCGGCUGGGCUCGAUCCGGGGGAACUACAACAUGCUGCACACGGUCAUGUACAACCGGUGGAGGCGGCCCGAAGAGAAGGUGGACAAGCCGAACAUGAAGGGGACGGCGGAGGCCGAAUCGGAAUGGGAGAAGAAGUACAGGGACCUGUUGGCGUUGUCGGAGAAGAGAGACAGGGAGAUCCAGGCGCUCCGGGCGGGGAUCACUGAAAAGCUCAAUCAAACCUUUGACGCCGCCAAAGACCUCGAGAAGUAG